ACUUCACAUCCCUAGUCGUCCGCUGCGGCGCAUAAUUUUACACGAAUAUAAAACACAAUUUAAUAUUGUUUGUAAAAAACCUGAAAGUGCUAGUUUGCGGCAAUGCAAAUUUCGACUUGAAGGACACCUGGAACAUCUAAAAUGCCAUGCUCGAAAUAGUCUAUAGUGAGGCAAAUUUGUAUAGUGAAAAAAUGUGAAAAGUGGUGUUGGGAAGAAGAAGAAGAGCGGAGCGGAGCAAAAUCAGACUUCUCAGCGAGUACAAGCCGUGUUGACGCGUGUGUUAGGAUGAAAAAAUGCAAGAAAAUGACUUAAACGAGCGUCAAGAGGAACCAGACAGUCUUCCACAUACAAGCAACGACACAAACAACAAAAACACAAGCUGCAUCGACAGCAGCAAACUUCAAACUCCCAGUGAGGCGGUCACGGUUACGGAUCAGCAGCAGCCCCAGGAGGAUACCAAGGAUCCGCAGAUAACUAAACAAGUAGAUUCCUUUACGACAGCUUAUUCAGAAGCAGGUGAUACAACCAGAACAGCAAGCCCCGAUAAAGUCGUCGAUCAAUCGGUGGAUGAACAGUCGUCGUCCAUAGUAGAUACAGAUAGAGAAGAGACUUUGCAGCAAAUUCCAAGACGAAAACGUCAGCGUCGUGUUUAUAUCGCCGACACCUCCCGCUGUUACAGCUUACGAUCCAAACAAGAGUCCAAAGACAAAGCUGAGACAGGGUCGAAGCAGGUGCCGACAACACCGCCGCCAGCGCAGGUCGCCUCCUCACCGACACCCACAGAAUCCACAGAGUACACUAAAUCAGAGCAAUUUAAUCCGGCAUUCUGGAAUUUGAUUGAAGAAGAGGAAGUUAAAUUCGUUGACAAAAAGCGACGUGCUGCCGGUGGACGGGGUCGCACGCGACGCGCCAAGCUACUGAGCGAACUUGGUGAAAACUACUCGCCGGAAACAGCGGCCGCUAUUGCGGCUGCACAGCUUGAGCUCGAUUCGACUGGGAAGCCAUCAUCACGUGCCACCCGUAAGAGAAACUCCGCCAUGUCGCUGUAUGACCGUCGAUACCAGAGCACCUCCGAUGAGCGGCGUGUGCCGAACGGGUAUGGCGGCAAUGGACUGCGUACAGGCAGUGCCGCCUCAUCGAGUGACAUUGAGGCGCAGGAGUUGCAGGGCCAUCAGUAUUAUGGAUCGUCAGGAGGCAGCAAUCCAACGGGCGCCGGUACGGGCCUAAAUGGCAGUGGAGCCGCUCUCAACCAUGCGCCUUCAAUGGGCACCCUCUGCAACAUUGGCAACACUUGCUACUUGAACUCGGUGGUGUACACGCUGCGCUUUGCCCCCCUGUUUCUGCACAACCUGCACCAUCUGAUCCACGAUUUGAAUGUGGUGCAGCAGACUAUAGUGCGCCAGCAGACGGCCAAAUCGGCCUCAUUGGGCCGAAACGUGAGUGCCACGCAGCUGGAGCAUGCACGCAGUUGGAGCAGCAAGGAUCUGGCAACCUCAGAGCACUUUAGCAACAGCACCAAUGGCAGCAGCGGCGGUGUCAGUGGCAGCAGCAACACAACCAACAGCUUAAUCAAGGCAAGCUUUCAGUCGGUCACGGAGAAGCUGCAUGAUCUGUACCACAGCCUACAUGGCAAUGAAAUGGCCGACUCGACAGAGCCUUACCAUGCGGACACACUGCUGCACGCAAUACAGGAUGUGAAUACCACAUUUCAGGGCAACCAGCAGCAGGAUGCCCACGAGUUUCUCAUGUGCGUCCUCAAUUGCAUACGCGAAACGAAUCAAGCUCUGAUCAAAGCCAUUGACGAAUGUCCCGAGGUCAUUGUAAAUGGUUACAUAGCCAAUCCCGAUGAGUUGGACUCUGGGGACGCUGCCCAAGAGCGUACGGAUGCAGCGAUGGCUCUGGCAAGCUCUGGCAACGGCAACACGCUGGCCACUAGUCAAACAACCACGACAAAAACGUCGUUCUUCUCACGCAAAUCGAAGAGAAAAGAUGAGGUCAAGUCAUCGAAAUCGACACGGAUACAAUCACCGCUGAAGGAUAAUAGUCCGACGGCGGGUGGCCUAACCGCUGCACCGGCGCAUUCCACUGCCAACAGUCUCUUCUAUUUGAAUACAGUUGAUCUCAGCGGCGCCAGUAACGUUGCGGCUCCAGCAGCAGCAACACCGACUGUUUCGCAGCCGGCACCAACCGCAAAGUACUCCAGUGACGAUGAAAUGAACCCGGCCAGUGCGCUUAAGGAUAGCAUGCGAUUGAAGGACCGUAUACUGGAUCCGAAUAUUAACUUCUUCAAUGCCGACUUUGAGGGCGUUGUGGUGCUGACCACCAAGUGUCUCAGCUGUGAGACGGUUACAAAGCAAAAGCAGGGCAUGCUUGACAUCUCCGUGCCGAUAACAGGCUGCGACACUGCCGACCUGCAGGACAAGCCCAGCACCUACAUUCAGAAUUCUUGCAUCACAAAGGAAUACUUUCAGGGUGAUAACAAAUAUAGUUGCAGUCAAUGCACCGGCUACACUGAGGCCAUACGCUCAAUAUCGUACGAGGUGCUGCCUCGUCUGCUGGUCGUUCAGCUGAAUCGCUUCUCGGGCGGCAUGCAAAAGGUGAGCACGUAUGUGCCCACGACCUUUACCCUGCCCUGCUUCUGCGCCAAGUGCUGCGAGCUGAGCGACGGCAACAAGCUGCAUGUGUACAAGCUGUACAGCGUGAUAACCCAUGUGGGCGCCACACUCAGUGUGGGCCAUUACAUUGCCUACACGUGCUUCCUGGAUCUGCCCAGUGACUAUAUAAACUGCCCAAAGGAUCGACGGAACACAAUGUCGGGAUCACAGACACAGCACUCGGCGGCUGCGGCGUCCUCCAAUGAGAAUACGGCACCAAAUAACGGAAGCAGCCAUGUGGCCAGCACACCCGUAUCCGCGGCUGCCUCGGUCCUGGCCUCCUCUGGCACUAGUCUGAUAAAAAAGAUGAAAUUUGGCCGCAGCAAGGCGUCGAGCAGCGGCGACAUGAGCAAAAAUGUAAAGCAACUGAAUGGCAUCAGCAGCAAGAACAUCACCAAUGGCAUUGGUAAACUGAGCAUGAACACCACCUGCCAUGGCGUGAGCUGCUGCGCCAUGCGCCUGUGCUGCAGUCAGCAACCAAGUGGCGCCGCCGGGAACAGCAACUCGGCCAGUUGUAGUGACUUCAGCGAGGAGUCCCUGCAGAAUGGCAGCAACAGCAAUCUCAGCCAUGGCAGUGGCAGUGGAGCAGCAGGCGGCAGCAGCAGCAUCAACAGCAGCAAUGUUCUGCCAAAUUAUCCUACGGGUUAUGGCAGUACGGGACGUGGCGGUGUCAAGGCCAACUAUGCACACGGCGGCACGGAUCCCAUUUGGUACAUGUGCGAUGAUGACAAGAUCAAGGCGAUGACACAGCGAGAGUUCGAGGAACUGUUGUCCCCAUCACGGAAGAUAACCAUAACUCCAUACUUGCUUUUCUAUGCACGAUUCGAUCUGCAGCCGCCAUCGAAGGCAUCGGGCACAACAUCCUCAACGCCGCCACCGCCAUCUGCGUCAUCGCAAAGCUCCUGGUCGAAUGAGGCAUUGUCCGGCAGCGGUGGGGGAGGUGCGCAUAAGAUUUGAGGGUAUGCGAAAAAGCAGAGGAAACAGCAGCAUUAAUCAACAAGCCAAGCAUGUGCGAUACGUAUUGGCAUACUGAUAGAAUCGGAUAGGAUCGGAUUGGAUGUGUCUCUAGAAUAAUAUAAUAAGAAGAUGAAGUCUGUUUGUUAAACAAUAUAAUCGUACUAAGAAGA